AUGGGUGACAGCGCACUCUUUGCCUCGUGUGCGUCGCUGCCGAGCGUGCACACUGCGAGCGAGCAGGCCGUGGGCAACGCCGCCGGCCACGGGGUGCUAAACGCUGUAGAGACCAGUGACACCCAACAACAACAACAGCGACAGAAGCGGAAGCCGCUUCAAAAACAAAAACAGGGCCAACAACAACAACAGGAUACACAGGAACGGCGUACACCGACACCAAGACCAAAGAAGCCAGCAUCUCCCGUACCCCGUUUGCCUGGUUUUUCGACACCGCGCUCAACAGCAUCUAGCUCGCUGAUGCCGAAUGUAUCGCCUUCUACAACCCGCCCCGCCCCGUCUGCUACACCAUCAUCGUUGUACGCUGGCAAGCGAGGCACGUCAGCAGACCCUGUGGCUCCUGAGAGCAGGCGGGGGCCCGAGAGCACAAGCGAUGCACAAAAUGUGCUUCUUCGGAGCUUGUCGAGUAGCGCCGUACCUGCCAUUGCAACAAGGAGAUCAUCGUCGCUCAGGGAUAGUUAUUCGCGCAGCGAAUCGGCCUCCUCUAAGGUGUUGCGGACACAGAACAAAGUCGCCAGCUCGAACAACGUCGUGAACAGUGAAGAGGCACAGGAUUAUGGCGUGCAGAUGGCGCAGGUGCUGGAUCUUGGUCAGCAGCAGCAGCAGCAGCCCCAAAAGAAGGAAACACAUGCUGAUUCAGACACGCAAAAAAAUUCUGACGGUUCCAUAUCGCUUAAUAAAGAGGAAAAGGUGGGGAAUGAGAGGCAUGUCAAUGUGGUGGAGCCGCCUGAGGCGCAAGGUGCGAGAGACAGGGCAGCUGCGCUAUAUUCUAUGGCGGCAUGGAGUUCCUCUUCUUCUUCUAUGCACUCGAGCGAGAUGAGCAGUGUGACCGAGAUGGAAAUUCAGGGGUAUUUCGGGGCAUGCGAGAUUGAAGUGCAACAAAAGGAUGAUGAUGCUUAUGAUGGCAAGGAAAAAGAGGAACAACAACAGAUAUGCGAAGCUUUGCUGAAUGACGAUGCAAGGUUGAUGCCGGAUGGACAAGAGCCACAAUACACUGACCAGGAGAAAGUACAUCCGCAUUGUUAUAAAGAAGCGCAACCGAGACAGGAUCAGCAGGAGUGGAGUGAGCAGGGUACCCACGAGGAGAAGACGGGAGAAGGAAAGCCGGAGGUGACAACUCUUCUACAGGACGCCCGCGGCCUUCUGGUGGGUGGAGCCCCCACGAAUGGCGCGAACGGGAGGAAUGCGUCCGAUGGUGUCACCUCCACUAUCGUCAUCACCAACACAGCAAAAAGAAGAGGAAGGAGGAGCACUACUAGCAGUAUUAGUAGCAGUAUUAGUAGCAGUAGGUGCAGCAGUAUGAGUCCCGACGUUUUGGGCGAUGCUCGCAGUGAUGGAGUGGAGACCGAUAACAAGAACAACGGUAGCGACAAGCGUCUUGUUGUUGCGUAG